AUGGAGAGAAAAAAAGAACGGAACGACGAAGUAAACAGUGGAGAGAAGAAAGAAACAAACGACGAAGUAAACAAUGGAGAGAAGAAAGAACCAAACGACGAAGUAAACAAUGGAGAGAAGAAAGAACGAAACGACGAAGUAAACAAUGCAGAAAAGAAAGAACGGAAGGACGAAGUAAACAAUGGAGAGGAGAAAGAACAGAAUGACGAACUAAACAAUGGCGAGAAAAAAGAACUAUACGACGAAGUAAACAGUGGAGAGAAGAAAGAAAGGAACGACGAAGUAAACAGUGGAGAGAAGAAAGAACUAAACGACGAAGUAAACAGUGGAGAGAAGAAAGAACCAAACGACGAAGUAAACAGUGGAGAGAAGAAAGAACCAAUCGACGAAGUAAACAGUGGAGAGAAGAAAGAACCAAACGACGAAGUAAACAGUGGAGAGAAGAAAGAAAGGAACGACGAAGUAAACAGUGGAGAGAAGAAAGAACCAAACGACGAAGUAAACAGUGGAGAGAAGAAAGAAUAA